AUGUCUACAGAAAAAUUCCCAGAAGCAAAAAACAUGCUCGCAAUGAUAUCUCGAAACACUCCUGUCGGAAGCUCUCGCCCGCGAACCACAUUCAGUGACGUGAAACGGAACUACCGUUACAUUACCACGACUAUUCGGGACUACCAGCCAGAGAAGUCUCCAGAAGUUGCAUUGAUCGAGGCUGCUCACGAAUGGUGGGAUCUUCACUUGUACAAUCAGGGAUUUCAAGGAGUCACUCCUCAGAGGAAAGAUUUUCCAAACGAUACCAUGGCUAAAGCCGAAACGCCCAGGAUCGGUUGCGCAGUGGACCUCUGCCCUAUUGACCAUAACAUGAAAUUUUAUGUCGUUCUCUGCUAUUACGCACAUCCGAACGUCAGGGCGAAGGAGCCACUUUACCAGGAAGGUCUAGCAUGCUCCAAUUGUCCCGAUGGCUACAAAUGCGACGACGAGAAAAAGCUUUGCAAAAGGAUGUGA